AUGCGGCAAACGCGGGUGUUGUCUGCUUCAUUUUCCUCAGUUUUACAAAGCAAUAAGACAGGAUUCGGCCCUUAUCGUCUGCAUCGCAAAGGAACAUUUUUCGUCGGAACGGAGCCUUCUGUCUUAAAGUACCAUCAUGUAAGUUAAAUCACGUUUUCCUCUUAUUAUUUUAGAUACACGACAAGAGACCCAAUGAGCCAUAUGGUAUUCAAGGAAACAAUCAUUUGCAACCUCAGGUUGGAAAAGUGGCCGACAAGCUGCCGACUCGAGCUUUUUUGAAGAAGGACAAGGUUUACGCUUGGUGCUCAUGCGGGUAUAGCGGGAACCAGCCGUUGUGCGAUGGUUCACACAAUAACUUGAAGUUGCCCGACACCAAACUAAAGCCGGUUAGAUUCAUCCCAGAAGAAGACAUGGAGGUGUGGUUCUGUAAUUGUAAGCAGACCAAAAAUCGGCCGUUUUGCGAUGGAUCUCACAAAUUUGUAAAGGAGAAGUCUGCUACGGACGACUUGUUUAAUUAG